AUGACCCACGACUCUAUUUGGUUCUCUCACCCAAAAAAAUUCGGCAAGGGCUCGCGCCAGUGCCGAGUCUGUGCUAACCAGGGUGGCCUUAUCCGCAAAUACGGCCUCGACAUGUGCCGUCAAUGUUUCCGCGAGAAGGCAGCUGCUAUCGGUUUCCACAAGGUGCGAGAUGCUACCACCUGA